UUCUGUGUCUGACGCAAGUUAAAUUUUUAAUUUCCUGUAUAAAUCCAUAUAUUCCGUGUUUUUAAUAAAGAGCAGCCAGUUCGUUAGUGUUUUUUCUCAACCAGCCAACCUGGAAUCCAAAAUGGCGCUCCCUUCGAACUACAAGCAUUCGCCGGUUUCAACACCGACAACGCAGCGGCUGCGCCCCUCCGGGUCCAGCUCCGAUAGCCGCAAACCAGACACGUCUAGUCCGUUCAUGCACAGCCCGCAGGGCAAUCCGGCAUUCACGCCCCAAAAGCUGGGAAAAUCGGCCACGACAGCAGAGGCUAAAAUGAUCAAACCACCGAAGGCACCGGAGAAGCCUCUUAUGCCGUAUAUGCGCUACUCACGCAAGGUUUGGGACUCGAUCAAGGCUUCCAAUUCCGACCUGAAACUGUGGGAAGUGGGGAAAAUAAUCGGCCAGCAGUGGCGUGAUCUACCGGAGAAGGAUAAGGAAGAGUACAUUGCGGAGUACGAGGCCGAAAAGUUGGAAUAUGAGAAGAAUCUCAAAGCCUACCAUAAUUCUCCGGCAUAUUUGGCAUAUUUGACUGCCAAGAAUAAGUCCAAGCCAGGCGGUGAUGGCGAUGGUCAUGAUGGUGCAAGAUCUAGCUCGAAAGGCGGCCAGCAGGAUCGAAGAAUCGAUAUACAACCAGCUGAGGAUGAAGAAGACCAAGACGAUGGAUAUUCGUUCAAGCACGUAGCUUAUGCAAGGUUUUCUCGGAAUCAUCGUUUGAUAAAUGAAAUUUUUUCUGAUGCUGUUGUGCCGGAUGUUCGUUCGGUUGUAACCACCCAACGCAUGCACGUCCUUAAAAGGCAGGUUCAAUCGCUGGCUAUGCAUCAAAUGAAGCUCCAGCAUGAGUUGCAGCUGAUCGAAGAAAAAUUCGAUACGAGAAAACGUAAAUUUGUCGAAUCAAGCGAACAGUUUCAGGACGAACUUAAGAAACACUGCAAACCGGCUGUGGAUGAUGAAACUUUCCAAAAAAUGGUUGACAGACAAUAUGAGAUAAUGAAACGUGAACGCAUGCGGACGGUCGAGGAACAGCAAAAACCACUUAUGCCAGCUCAUGCUGUUGGCGGAAAACCAGAUGAUCACACCGGAGAUGGUCUUGCGGUUGGACAUUCAGCUGUUCCUCUCAAUGAGGAAGCCCGCGCUGAACAGGAGCCCGUAGCAAAAAUUUCGCACGAAAGCGUACAGAAAAAGGAUGAAAGAGAAGAGGUACCGCUAAAGCUUGAUGAAACCUCUAAAUUGGCUGCAACUCAAAAAACAUCGGAGGAAUUACCCAAGGAAGCGACAGUGGAACAUAAACCACCUCCAGUUGAACAACCGUUGCCGAGCACGCCUGUACCUCCGGCAUCCAAUCUUGCACCUGAGCAUUAUCGUAAUCCUGCUGUUGUUCCCGAACAAAAACCAGAAACUGUCCCGGUGGCAGCGACUCCGCCGCCACCUGUAUCGGCGCCUCCACCGCCCCACCAUCACGUUACAACAGCACCGACAUCUGCUCCUUCCUCUCCAUAUCCAUCGCACAGUGCUGAAUCUCAUGUUGCUCCACCGAAUGUUACAGUCCCUCAUCACCAGGCUCCUCCACCUCCGCCGCCGAGCCAUCACAUUCCCCCGCAUAUGCAGCCGCACCCAGGUAUGCCGUCUCAUUCUGGAUAUCCCGGUUAUCCACAUGCUGGUCCUCCAAGACCGUACUAUCUACCUAGCGGAUACGGAGCACAUCCCCAAUCCUAUGGACAAUAUGGUCACUAUCCAUAUCACCAGCAAUACGCACCGCCACCACCCGGUCAAUAUAUGCCAGGUCCACCGCGUCCUAGCCAUGGCGCACCUAUGGGUCACUACGGAGCUGACCCGCACCACGGUGGACCAGUCGGCGAUGGCCAUCAUCCUCACUCUCCGUACGGUCCUGGGCCUGCUCCGGGUGGACCUCCUCCGACUGCUGCUGGAAGUGCAGCCGGACAAGCUGGAGUUGGUGGUCCACCGCAGGUACCACCCGUUGGCUCCGCCAGCGGUCAUCCGACCGAUAGUGAGGUUCCGGAAAAACCAGAGAAACCGGAAAAGACUCCAGCGAAGAAGAAGAAAUCCAGCAAAAAAGAUGCCGAAAAGAAGAUUGUCCAUGACGAUUAAACAAUAUCUGUAGUGCUAAGAAUGAUUCUGCUCCACAAUUUACAUUUUUCAACAUACUGGAUGGAUCAUAUGUGUCUAUGGUCGUGGUAAUUACUUAUAAUAUAAAAUUGCUUAUAGUAAUAAGUUGAAAUUAUAC